AUGCCCCGCGCGGGAAAGUCCCCCCGGCUGCUGCUGGUCCUGGCGGCCGCCCUGUGCUUCUCCAGGGCCGCGGGGAGCGGCGCUUUCAGCGCCCACCUGCUCCACUCCAACGCCAUCAAGAACUCGCCGCUGGGAGGCGCUGUGGCGGCUGCGGGCUCCCCCGUCGGGACCGCGCUCGGGGACUCCGGGCUGGGAGGCGCAGGCAACAACCACCCGGCUGUCGAGGCGCACCAGCCUCCAGCGUGCGGCGCCGACGAGGACUGCAGGGCCGACGAGUUCUGCUCCCUCCCUGGCCGCGGCGUGAGCCCCCACGGAGGCCAAGCCUGCCUCGCCUGCCGGAGACGCCGCAAGCGCUGCCUCCGCGACGCCAUGUGCUGCCCCGGGAGCCGCUGCAAUAACGGAAUGUGUAUGCCAUCAGAACACGAUCACUUCCACCCUGGGGAUAUCGAGGAGACCGUGCUAGAGAACUUUGACCAUGGGACUUUGUACCCUCAUCCCAAAAGGACUACGUCUUCAUCGCAACUACACUUUCUGAAAGGACAAGAAGGUGCCGUCUGCCUUCGCUCCUCAGACUGCGCCGCGGGGCUGUGCUGCGCACGUCACUUCUGGUCCAAGAUUUGCAAGCCUGUCCUUCAGGAAGGCCAAGUGUGCACGAAACACCGAAAAAAAGGCUCUCACGGCUUGGAGAUCUUCCAGCGAUGUUACUGUGCCGACGGGCUGGCCUGUCGGCUGCAGAGAGACCACAACACCAACAACGCCUCCCGACUGCACACCUGCCAGAGACACUAGCUACCGCCUUUUGAUAAGACCUGAUGGACUUGAUAGACUUUCUAAUGAGGUGUGUGGACUCCUGUUCUUCUGGAAGAUCACCUCCCAAGGACUGACACAUUUCUGAGUUUACAUUUUAAAGUACUCUGGCAACUCUCCCUUCUUGGAGCUGGAGUGAAGAGGCUUGUUUCUUUAGGGAACUAUUUUUCCCCCAAUUGACUGAUUUACAGUAAAUUACUGUGUCUGUAAAUUCUUGGGUGUGGCACUCCUGUACAUCAGCAGGGAUUUCAAUUUUUUUGUUCCUCGAGUGCUGCAUGAGUCUGUCUAUUGUGACAUG